AUUUAAAUCUAAGGGUAGACAUUAAUAAUUUUAAUGAAAUGUUUUGAAGAUAUGAGUUGAGCCUGGUCAAGUAAAAAUGAAAAUUCAAUUCCUAAAGAUUGGUAUUUCCCUUCUUAUCCUUUUCUUUCAAUCUGGCGCUACUUACAUCACAAGGCUGUCUUGUCGAUACCAUGGAAAUUUCUCUGUGAAGAAGAUGGACACUUACUUCCCUGGCAAGGUCGAUCAAACCAUAGUAGACAUUUCUGAGAAUGAUUGCCUAAGACAUUGCGUGGCCACCAACUUAUGUUUGUUUGUAAAUUAUUCAAACCACUCCACUUGUGAGCUACUGUCAUCAAAUGUUGCUGCUUUUGAAGUCAAACCAGGGUGGACUUUUCGUUCAACAGACUAUACCGUUGGACGAUAUAGAGGUGCAGUAUGCCGAACUUUGCAACCCUGUCAGAUAACAGAAAAAUGUAUUGAUGCUUGCAACUCUCUUGGCUACGAAUGUGUGGUGCUUAGGAAUGUGGCCAGAAGUAAAUCUACGUCCGCAUCAUCUGUUUUCGACGCUGUGUAUGCUCUUUCUCAUGCAGUUGAUGGAAGUUAUAGCUGGCCUGGAGAGCCAUUUUCUUGUUUUGCGACGGCUUAUACUUCCAAUCCUUGGUUUCUUUUGGAUCUUCAAGAGACAAUACUGUUCGACUUUAUCAGAUUGUACAACAGAGUGGAUCAUAAUUUUCUUUUUAUAAGACUGAAAAAUCUUGAUUUUCAUAUUGGCGACAAUGGCGAAGAUCCCGUCUCAAAUCAGAUUUGUUUAUUAAAUCAAGAUCAAUCAAUGUUGGCGAUAAAAGAUUACAGCUGUGAAAUUGGAAAUUUGAAAGGGCGCUACUUAUUCAUUAUAUUAAGAGGAACGGAAUAUCUAAACUUUUGUGAGUUGGAAGUUUUCGUUAAAUAGACUAACUUGCUAAUGAUAAAUGUUAAUACAAGUUUUGUCUAUAUAUACCGAGAAAAAUUACCCGAGGUCAAAAGUAUAGGCCAAACUUGCUAGGUCGAUAUGCUAACUUAGGGUAAUAUUUCCCGAGAAAGAUAGAUAAAACAGUGUAUGUUGUAUUUAUUAACUCAUACCUGUUUUGAUUGGGUUUGUAAAAACCAGGAUUACUUUCUAAAGAUUUUCUUGUUAUCCAAGAAUGUUCGGUUUAAACUUCAUUGCUUUAGAAAUCAAAACAAUCGAAUAACCAUUAACGUUUUUACAAGCACAGUUUAUAUAUCGACAGAAGAAGAGUCUAUCACACAAAUUCGACGCUGUAUUGCUUUAUGAUGCUGAAUAUUCAUGUUAAAAAAGUAGUUACUUAUGUGUGCACCAUCAAACAUAGGUUCAAAAUUAUUAAGUAGAUGUAGUGUUCUGUGAUGUUUUGCAAUGUUUUUUUUACCACUUUUGUUUGAACUAAGUAGGUCUGACAUGUGUUCCUGCUGUUUACUUAAAGCUAGGCUAGGCUAAGUUUCGACAUUUUUGGGUUUUUUAUUAGUUGAAGAGAUAACUACCACAUCCAGAUCAAAAAGAAAGUAAUCGACUUUUUACAAACCAGGAUGGAAACAAUGAAUUGAUUAAAAUUCUUCCUUUUCCACUUUGUGUUACGUUUAUCUCUAACCAUAUUGCACUUAUUGAAAGUUAAUUCUGUAACAACUUUUGCAAUUAUGAGAGUUACCUGGGGAUGUAACAGUUGUUACGAAAACGAAAAUUUUUUUAGAACUUUUAUUGAAUUAAUGUGUUUUUAAAAUAAUAAUGUAAUAAGGUUAGUUUUGAAAAGAAAUACAGUACAAAUUCAACGAUGGUAAUUGUACAGCCACACAGGGGUAAACUGUUACGGAUGUAAGACUCUCCUGAUGAUGUAAAUGUUGUUACGAAAAGUUUUGUAGAACUUUUAUUGAAUAAAUGUGUUUAUUAAA